AUGACUUACAAAUUGAAGCUUCUCAGAGUGUUGGACUUGGAGUGUAUUGUUGUGGGAGAAUCAUUUUUGGACAGGAUGCACUACCUUGUUCACUUAAGGUACCUGGCCAUCCACCUUAAAGGUCAAGGUUACAUCUUACCAUCACUAGGGGGUCUUGGCCAUCUUGAAACUUUCAAGGUGAAGUCAAAUAGUGAUUUGCAUUUACCAUAUAUUUUCUGGAAUGCGGGAAAUCUGAGGCAUUUGCAUAUAGAUCACUACUGCUCUUUAUGCCGAGAGGAAUCAGCUCAAAUUCAAUUGAACGAAAAGUAUGAAAAUCUACAAAGUUUUACCACAUCAGUUCUCACCAAUCAUAUAAGAGAAAAGGAUACAUUGAUGAGGCUUCCCAAUCUCCGGAAGCUGAGCUGCAGGUUUUCAGAAUCUUACCACCAACAAUUGCCUGAAUUGCACUUUCUUCACCACCUGGAAUUUCUCGAGGCAUCCUACUAUAACGAACUUUGCUCAGGGCCAUGUCGGCAUAUGUUUAAACUUCCUUCAAGUCUCAAGCAAUUGACACUAAGCUAUUUUCGCUUGGCAUGGAGUAAUAUUUCAACAAUUGCAGACCUACCCAAACUUGAGGCUCUUGAACUACACCAAGCAUUUGAGGGAGAAGAAUGGAAUGUGGGAGAUCACAAAUUCUUGGAACUCAAAUUCUUGAAAUUACGCAACAUCAGGAUUGCACGAUGGAAGGCCACUGCUGAUUCCUUUCCUAGGCUUGAGCAACUAGUUUUGGUGGACUGCAGGUACCUUGAAGGGGUACCUUUGAGCUUCGGAGAAAUUUAUACACUAAAUGUAAUAGAAGUGAACCGGUGCAACUGCCCUUUAGCCAGUUCAGUCAGGGAAAUUCAGGAAGAGCAAAAGGAAAUGGGAAAUGAACAGCUCAGUGUCCGUGUUUGGAAUUCUGAUUCUGAACCAAAAAAAUGGCUAGAGGACAACUGA